ACCCCCUAACCACAGUUUAAGGUUUGAAGUCUGAUGAUAUUAGUAAAAUGUGUCAAAAUUAGUGUUAUAUGUGUAACAGUGAAAUUUAAAAAUGCCGAGAAAACGUAUUAACCGUUCACCGCCUAUUGAAAAGAGAGAUGACGUGGACGAUGAUGAUUUCCUUUUCGAUGAUUCUCAGUCCAGUUCUGGAAGAAGUGGACAUGAGCCGCAACACAGGAACGCAGCUAACGCCCGUGAACGGGCUCGUAUGAGAGUGCUCUCUAAGGCAUUUUGCAGAUUGAAAACCACUUUACCGUGGGUACCGGCUGACACAAAGUUGUCAAAACUAGAUACAUUACGGCUGGCCGCUUCGUAUAUAGCACACCUACGGGCGUUACUGCACGAACCGAGAUCCGCGCACACGCCGCCGCACCCUCUUAACUUGGCCUGGCCAUUUGCUUUUCAACAUGGCGGCACAUUGAGCUGCACGAUUUCGCAAAGAUGGAAUAUUAACUCACAGAAUACUGAGUCUUCAGCUAUGAAUCGAAAUCAGACUUCGAGGGAAAUCCAAACUGGCGUUAAUUGCAAUGACAGUUAUGGGCAAGAUUAUUCCGAAAACGACUACGAAGAAAGAAAUUAUGACGAUCACAAUGAAGUGCCUUGUAAUUCGAUGCAGUAUUGCAAUUAUGGUUACAAAGAAAAUUUUUAUGAAAUGAGAAAUUCGUACUCUUCCGACGGUUUAAUGAACAAUGUAUGA